GUUACCGGGCAUUUAGACUGUCUCAUUAAUUAUUUUUCUUUGGUUUCUGAACUUAGUACAUAUGAUUUUCCAUACCCUUAUCAAGACAACUAAAUAUGCUGAAGUUCUAAAUUAAGCGACUUCUUAUGGUUGGGUAAACGUAUCAAUCCAUCAUUGCUUAGGAGGAGGGCCACAGCUGCAGCAGUGCAGCAGGUUAGGAGGGAGCCACGGCUGCAGCACUGGGCCCAGGAGGGGACAUUGACUCUUCCAAGGAAUAAAUAUAAGUUAGGAUUUGGCACCGUUAGUUACUCUGUCUCUGUCUCUUAGUCUCUUAGUCUCUUAGUCUCUCUCUCUUUCUCCGACAGCGUUGGUGGAAAUUUUUGGUCUUUUUGAUAUCAUAUUAUAUUUAUUCAUGGGAAAUGGAAUGACGUCGUCAUAGACUUUGAGGAUAGCACCCGUAAAAGUUUUAUGUUUCCCCACACCAAUUCCUCAGUUUCUGGUCAUUUAUCAGGCUUUCUGUACAACGGUAUCUCCGAGGCAACAGGUUCGGUCUUUCCUUGUUUGUGUGUUCUUGAUUCUUGAAUCCAUGCACCCUUGUAAUAAGGUGUGAGUUUGGCCAAGAUUUCCUUCCCAAGUCCUUCCAACCUGUUCAUGCCCUGCAGCAAGGUUUUCUACUUUCACCGCCUCCUCUCGCUGAAGAUGGGAGGCUAUUACUGCUUGUUUCAAUUCUUGCUCAUCUAUGUUCUGCUCCACGGACAUCGCAGCUAUUCUCUGAACCAGGCAUGCCACCCCACUGACCUGGAGGCACUUCUUGCUUUUUCCAAUGGCUGGGACAGGAAGGGCGCCAAGCUCACCGGAUGGCAUCCCAACGACACUGCAUGCUGUUUCUGGACCGGCAUCUCCUGUGAUCUUGGGAGGGUUGUCGGGUUGGAUCUCUUCAACAAGAGCCUCCAUGGCGGCAUCUCCUCCUUGAUCACCUCGCUCGAUGGCCUCGUGACACUAAACCUCUCCUGCAACUCGUUCCAUGGUCAGCUACCAGAGGGACUUGGCCAGCUAGCGAGGCUGCAGAUGCUCGACCUCAGCAUGAACAUGUUCUCCGGGCUGUUCCCGGUGAGGGAAGAUGGCUUCCUAGCUAUUGAGAUGGUGAACAUCUCCUUCAACAAAUUCACUGGACCGCAUCCUACGUUCCCUGGCGCGAUGAACCUGGCGGUUCUUGAUAUCUCUAGUAAUACCUUCUCUGGUGGCUUCAACACCAGGGCCCUCUGUGUUGCGCCAGUCAAGGCCCUGCAAUUUUCCAGGAAUGAGUUCAACGGUGAGGUCCUCACCGGCUUUGGCAGAUGCAGGAUGCUCGUGGAGCUCUCUAUCGAUGGCAGUGGCAUCACUGGGAGUAUCCCCGGCGACCUGUACACGUUAUCAGAGUUGAGGAGGCUGAGUUUACGGGAAAAUCAGCUCUCUGGUAGUCUCAGCGAGUACCUGGGUAACUUCUCUCAGCUUAUUCAUAUCGACCUGUCAUAUAACAUGUUCACUGGUGUCAUCCCUGACGUGUUUGGGGGUUUGAGGAGGCUGGAGUUCUUAAACUUGGCCUCAAAUUUGUUCAGUGGCACAUUGCCUGCCUCCCUAUCGAGCUGCCCUAUGUUGAGGGUUAUCAACCUAAGGAACAACUCGCUGUCAGGUGAAAUUGCCCUAGACUUCAACUUACUGCCAAGGCUGAAUGUUCUGGAUGCAGGGAGCAACAUGCUGAGUGGUGCUAUACCUCCGAGUCUCAUGUGGUGCACCGAGUUGAAGACGCUGAACUUCGGAAGGAACAAGCUCAAGGGGGAGAUACCAGAGAGCUUUAAGCAUUUGCGAUCCCUGUCACACCUCUCACUUGCUCAAAAUGGCUUCACCAACCUGUCAUCGGCAUUGAGGGUCUUGCAGCACCUACCCAAACUGACGAGUUUAGUGCUUACGAAGAACUUCCAUGGUGGUGAGACAUUUCCAAUGGAUGGCAUCCGUGGUUUCAAGAGCUUGCAGGUGCUUGUCCUUGCAAACUGUGCACUCUCAGGCAUGAUCCAGCCUUGGCUGCAGAACAUGGAGAGCCUCAGAGUGCUGGACAUUUCAUGGAACAAGUUGAAUGGAAAGCUCCCAUCAUGGUUAGGCAAUCUGAAUAGUCUCUUCUAUGUCGACCUGUCAAACAACUCGUUUAGUGGGGAACUCCCCAAGAGCUUUACACAGAUAAAGAGUUUAAUUUCAAGUACUUAUUCAAGUGAGCAUGCAUCAAUAGAGGACCUCCCAUUAUUCAUUAAGAAGAAUUCAGCCGAAAAAGGUUUGCAGUACAACCAUGUGAGCAGUUUCCCUCCGGCGCUGAUCCUUUCUAGUAACUUGCUUAUUGGGCCAGUCUUGCCUGGCCUUGGGCAUCUUGUGCAGCUCCAUUUACUUGACUUAAGCUGGAACAACUUCUCAGGGCACAUUCCUGACGAGUUGUCAAACAUGUCCAGCCUGGAAGUGCUGAAUUUUGCCCACAAUGAUUUAAACGGGAGCAUACCAUCAUCUCUAUCGAAGCUGAAUUUCCUCUCCAAGUUUGAUGUGUCAUACAACAAUCUCAGUGGAGAUAUUCCAAUAGGGGGGCAAUUUACCACAUUCACAAAUGAGAGUUUUGUGGGCAAUGCUGCACUAUGCUUUCUUCGGAAUGGCCCCUGCUCUGGAGAGGCUCCACUUGAAGGAACUGGAAAUGAUGGCACCAAUACUGUAUCUGCAGUGUCUGCGAUGACAUACAUCACUGUGGAAGUGGGAUUUACUUUCGGGCUUUUAACCUUCUGGAACAUACUGUUUUUUGCAAGGGCUUGGAGGGCUGCGUAUUUUCUGACGGUUGAUAGGUUCUUUGAUAUGAUAUAUCUAGUGACAAUGGCGAAGGUGAACAAGUUCAGAAGAAAAUGGGAGGAUAAAGAUCAUCCUUGAAAUAAGUCACCUGUGGCUCUUCACAGUUCUCACCUGGAAGCAAAUGUUCUUUACUAUGCUGUCUCCUUUUUUCUCACCUUAUGCUAUCUUCUUUGCUUCCGCCUUGGGUGUCAUUACCUGGAAAGAGUUAGCAGCAGGGGUUGUGUGGUUAUAUUUUGAGUUCCUCUUCAUGUUGAGGACAAUAUUGUUUGUGAUAUGUAUUGAUACAAUAAAAUUUAUGAACUGUAUGGUGGAUACUGAUCUGAA